AUGGACAUACGUGACAUGUAUCCUCGCACUCAAGUCGCAUCAUUAUGGGCAAUACUAGAGGAUAUGACCGCUGAGUCAUGGUUUAGGAAUAAGUGUCCGAUAAAUAGUCGAAAUAUUGGUUGCCUUAUUUUCAAGCUUGUAAAGCCUCUUGGCAAUAAACGGUACAAUGACUUAAUAAGUGAGUUCUCAUUGCAAACCCUCCAUCAACGUUUCGUUAUUACAGCAAAGGAGUUUUUCAACUUGAAUUUGAAUUUGUUGGGAAGUAUGGUUGCCGCUAUUGUGACAUAUUUAGUAAUUCUAAUACAAUUUAUGUUGUCGGAAGGAACUGACCAGAAACUUGCAAAUACAACCGUCAUCCCUCCUAUUAUUACGAAUAGUUCCUAUAAUUUUUCGGCAAGAAAAAUUAUUGAAAAUGUCGUUACUACUGUACUUACUACCGACAUUUCUGAGAGGACAUAAAUUAAUUAUAAAUAAUUAUUG